UAAGCCUGGGCACCCGGUGGUGGUCAUGUCAGUUGUGGAUCCGCGGCGUUUCCACAGAGCGUAUUCAAUUCAGCGCAGUACUCACUCGAAGCGUUAGCAGCCAUGAAAGCCUUUGUGUGUCUCCUGCUCAUCGGAGCGGCCAGCGUGACGGCCAAGCCAAAGCCUGGCGGUGGCGGCGGCGGCGGCGGCGGCGGCGGCGGCGGCGGACAUGAUCAUGGCUCUGCUGCUCCUGUGAAGGUCUUCAAAGUGAUCCAAGAGAGUGCUUCCUCAGGAGGCGGCGGUGGCGGCUGGCAGUCGGGAGGCGGCGGUGGAGGUGGCGGCUGGCAGUCAGGAGGCGGCGGUGGGGGCGGUGGCGGUCAGGAGAUCAAAAUCAUCAAGAUCAUCUCCCAGCAAUCGUCUUCUGGAGGACAUGGCGGUGGCGGUGGCGGUGGCGGCUGGUCUUCCGGAGGAGGAGGCGGCGGUGGCGGCUGGCAGUCAGGAGGCGGCGGUGGGGGCGGUGGCGGUCAGGAGAUCAAAAUCAUCAAGAUCAUCUCCCAGCAGUCGUCUUCUGGAGGACAUGGCGGUGGCGGUGGCGGUGGCGGCUGGUCUUCCGGAGGUGGAGGCGGCGGUGGCGGCUGGUCUUCCGGAGGAGGAGGCGGCGGUGGCGGCUGGUCUUCCGGAGGAGGAGGCGGUGGUGGUGGCUCUUCUGUCAAGAUCAUCAAAGUCAUCUCCGAAGCGGAUUCUGGAGCUGGUGGUGGCGGUGGCGGAGGAUGGGCACAGGGCGGUGGUCAGUCCGGAGGAUGGGCUCCACCUGGUGGCUGGGCCCAGGGUGGCGGCGGCGGUGGCGGCAGCUGGUAAUUGUGAUAGCACCCACAGCUCCCCCAUCUCAGUGUCACAUCCCCCAGAUAUGUAUUUGUUGAAAUAAAAGU